UGAGCCGUCCCGCGGUUCCGCCGCGCCCCCGCCGCCCGCCGCCGCCCGCCAGGGGCUAGAGGCGGCCGCCGGGAGGGCACGCGGCGCCGGAGACAUGUCCAGAAGGAAACAGAGCAAUCCCCGGCAGAUCAAACGUUCCCUUGGAGACAUGGAGGCUGGAGAAGAGGCCCAGGCCGCAGAUAUCAGCCUCCCGGAGCCAGAGGCGGCAGCACCCGAGCCUGAGGCCAAAGAGGGGCCCCGGCCCCUGAGCCCUUCCGUUCCAGAAGCUAAUCCCCUGCCCCCACCACCGACACCGCACCCCACCUCUCCUGGAGGCCCCAAGGAAACGGAGGAGCAGGAGCCAGAGGCAAGCCUGGAGGAGGAAGCCAGCAGCCCCUGGAGCGGGCCAGACGAGCUGGAGCAAGUCCUGCAGGAUGGGCAGAGGUGCGUGCGGGCUCGACGCAGCCUUGCUGAGGGCCUGUCCUGGGGCCCAUUCCACGGAAGCAUCCAGAGCAGAACCUCAUCCCCCAGGCAGGCAGAACCGAGCCCCACCCUGACGCUGCUGCUGGAGGACGAGGCCUGCUGGCUGAGGACACUGCCCCGGGCCCUGACGGAGGCUGAGGCCAACGUGGAGAUCCACAGGAAGGAUGAAGCCCUGUGGUGCAGGCUCACCAAGCCGGUGCCAGCAGGCGGACUACUGAGCGCGCUCCUUGUAGCCGAGCCCCACAGCACCCCCAGCCAUCCUGUGAAGAAGGAGCCAGCGGAGCCCGAGUGCCUGGCCCCCUCACACACUGACAUCCAGCUCCUGCCCCAGCAAGCCGGCAUGGCGUCCAUCUUGGCCACAGCGGUCAUCAACAAAGAUGUCUUCCCCUGCAAGGACUGCGGCAUCUGGUACCGUAGUGAGCGGAAUCUGCAAGCUCACCUCCUGUAUUACUGCGCCAGCCGCCAGAGUGCCAGCUCCCCUGCCACUGCCACCGCUGAUGAGAAGCCCAAGGAACCGUACCCCAACGAGCGUAUCUGCCCCUUCCCCCAGUGCCGAAAAAGCUGCCCCAGUGCCAGCUCCCUGGAGAUCCACAUGCGCAGCCACAGUGGCGAGCGCCCCUUCGUGUGUCUCAUCUGCCUGUCGGCCUUCACCACCAAGGCCAACUGCGAGCGGCACCUCAAGGUGCACACAGACACACUGAGCGGUGUCUGCCACAGUUGUGGCUUCAUCUCCACCACAAGGGACAUCCUCUACAGCCACCUGGUGACCAACCACAUGGUCUGCCAGCCGGGCUCCAAGGCUGAGAUCUACACGCCAGGGGCUGGGCACCCCUCAGCCAAACUCCCCCCAGGUCUGGCCCAGGCAGGUCCUGCUCCAGCCCUGAAGUGUGGCCCUUGGGGUCUUCCUGCAGACAGUCUGGCCAGCUUCCAGCAGCACACGGCCCUGCAUGGCCCCCUAGCCUCCUCCGACCUGGGCCUGGGGUCCACCCCAUCACCAGGACUGGACAGAAAAGCCCUGGUCGAGGCCACCAAUGGAGAGGCCAGAGCGGCCCCCCAGAAUGGGGGCAGCGGUGAGACCCCAGCAGCACCCAGGAGCAUCAAGGUGGAGGCGGCCGAGGAGCCCGAGGUGGAGCCAGGGCCCCCGGCCUCUUCAUCGCGGACGCCCUCCCCGCCCAGCCCCGCGCCCGCCCGGGUCAAGGCUGAGCUGCCCAGCCCAACACCCGGCUCCAGCCCGGGCCCCGGCGCGCUGUUCUUGCCACAGUUCCCAGCCGCGCCUCCCGCCUCGGAGAUUCUGGCCAAGAUGUCUGAGCUGGUACACAGCCGGCUGCAGGUGGGGGUGGGCGCGGGGGCACCGGCCGGCCUACUCGCGGGAGCCCCUAAGGGCGCUACAUGCUUCGAGUGCGACAUCACCUUCAACAACGUCAGCAACUUCUACGUGCACAAGCGCCUAUACUGCUCCGGCCGCCGCGCGCCAGAGGAUGCACCCCCUACCCGCAGGCCCAAGGCGCCCCCAACCCCUGCGCGCGCGCCCCCUGUCCCGCCACCUGCCGAAUCCGACGCGCCAAGCUCUUCGCCCGGCCCCGGCGCGCGCGAGGACCAGGCGGGGGACGGGACCACGCCCGAGGCCGAGACGGGCGGCCGGGGCAGUGAGGGCAGCCUGAGCCCGGGUAGCGGGGCGGACGAGGAAGACGACCCCCGCCGGACACUGUGCGAGGCGUGCAAUAUCCGCUUCAGCCGCCACGAGACCUACACGGUGCACAAGCGCUACUACUGCGCCUCGCGCCACGACCCACCGCCGCGCCGGCCGGCUCCCGCUGCACCCCCGGGAACCCCUGGGAUCCCCAGCAUCCCCGUGCCGGCACCUCCACCUAUGCGCACGCGCAGGCGCCGCAAGCUCUACGAGCUGCAAGCGGUCAGCCCCGCCCCCGUAGCGUCCGGCCCCGCCCCACCGGCUCAGGCUCCUGCCCCAGAGCCACCAGCUUCUCCCUCGCCGCGUCCCGGAAGCGGAAAUGGGCCGGACGAAUCCGAUGGCCCUAUCGAUCUGAGCAAAAAGCCGCGGCGUCAGACCUCUGCCGCUCCUUUAUCCAGCCCCACGCCUGUGUUACCGGCUCUCGCUGACUAUCACGAAUGCACGGCCUGCCGCGUGAGCUUCCACAGCCUCGAGGCCUACCUAGCGCACAAGAAGUUCUCAUGCCCAGCCGCACCGCGCCUCCCGCGCGCCCCUGAAGAUCCCGCCGUCGUGUGCCCCUACUGCCCCCCUAACGGCCUGGUUCGUGGGGACCUCGUCGAGCACUUGCGCCUGGCUCAUGGCCUGCUGUUGGGCAAGCCCCUGGCCGGCCCCGGCGCGGAGGCCCGGACACCUUCGCCCGCUGCCCCCCGCGAUGGCCUUAACGGCCAGGAGCCAUCCACUGGCCCUCCUGACAGCAGUCCCCGGCCUGGCCCGCCCCCGGCCCCACCAACGCCUCCUUCCCACUCGGACAAGGGCGUCCAGACCCCCACAAAGGGGACACCAGCCCCCCUGCCCAAUGGCAACCACAGGUAUUGCCGCCUGUGCAACAUCAAGUUCAGCAGCCUGUCCACUUUCAUCGCCCACAAGAAGUAUUACUGUUCUUCGCACGCUGCCGAGCACGUGAAGUGACCGGAGGCCACACUACAGAUGGGAGACCGCUUCACACGCCCCGCUGCUCUCCAGGAGUCAGGGACUAUGGGUCUGCUGCUCAUAGAGACAAUCACCGCCAGGCGCCUGGCUGUUGGUGACUCUGGCUCCUGGGAAACGCACCAAG